CCUGUACUUUGGACUCAUUUCGCGGUGUCGAGCGGUGUCGAGGAGUCGCGGAAGAGCCCCAUCAAGUUCUUGCGUUCAUCAUCACCAUCAUCACCAUCAUAUCAUCGUACGGACUAAGACAUAAAACCGAAUAAUUUUUUUUAUCCUUAAUCUUCGACUUUGAAGUGUGUUCUGACAUUGACCUUGAAUUUUUUGAUAAUCGCGUGGUGCGCAGAUACGUUGGUGUGCAGCGGGAAAUCUGAAUUUUCUUCGCUUGUUUUGGAUCAGUGCGCGGAUUUUCCACACACGCGAGUUGAGAGUGUGACUGAGUAGUAGAGUCGCGAGCGGCGAAGAGGAGAGAGUUCAACGGCAUCCAGCGCGCACCAGAGGUUUUACAAACAAUUACAUCGACAGCGACGCCGUACCGAGACACCCAGCAAACAAUAAGAUGAGGAUCACGCUAGCGACGACAAUCCUUCUAGUCCUUAGUAUAGAGGGUUCAUUAGGAAGAAUAGCAUUCGAAAAGCUAACGGAUUUUGACUACCGUGGCACCACCUAUUACACCGUGAAGAAUUUAUCGCUGUAUGAAUGUCAAGGCUGGUGUCGUGAAGAAGCGGAUUGCCAGGCGGCGGCGUUCAGUUUCGUCCUGAAUCCACUCAUACCCAAACAAGAGACGUUGUGUCAGCUGCAGAAUGAGACCUCUUCGAACAACCCCAGUGCGCAGCCACAACGCUCCGUCAACAUGUACUACAUGACUAAAUUACAACUGCGAUCGGAAAAUGUCUGCCUGCGGCCGUGGUCCUUUGAACGCGUGCCGAAUAAAAUGAUUCGUGGCUUAGACAACGCUUUGAUUUACACUUCUACUAAGGAAGCUUGUCUGGCUGCUUGUCUUAAUGAACAUCGAUUCACCUGUAGGUCAGCAGAAUAUAAUUACGUGACACUUCAAUGUCAGCUGAGUGAUGCCGAUCGUCGUACAACCGGACAAUUCGUGCAGUUUGUCGACGCGCAAGGCGUUGAUUACUUCGAAAACUUGUGUAUUAAGGGUAAUCAAGCGUGCAAAGGCAAUCGAUUGUUCGCUACACCGAAGAUAGGUGUCGCUGAUGAUAAAGUUGGACAAUACGCUGGGUUACAUUACUACACUGAUAAGGAGCUGCAAGUGACCAGUGAAUCAGCGUGCAGACUCGCGUGUGAGAUCGAAAACGAAUUUUUAUGUCGUUCAUUCCUCUACAAGGGGUCGCCACAAGGCUCGCAAUACAACUGUCAAUUAUUCCACUUGGAUCAUAAGACACUUCCGGAUGGACCUAGUACUUAUUUGAAUGCUGAACGUCCGUUGAUUGAUAAUGGCGACCGGAUCGGGACUUAUUUUGAGAAUAUUUGUGAGAAAUCUGGACCUGCUACAGGUGAUAAUACGCUACCUGUAGUCUUCGAAACGCAAGAAGAUCCCACCUUAAACAAUUUAACCCGUACUGAUGCCAACUGUGAUAAGACCGGCACAUGUUACGAUGUUUCGGUAAACUGCAAAGACACAAAGAUUGCCGUACAGGUGCGCACCAACAAGCCGUUCAACGGACGUAUCUACGCGCUGGGCAGGUCGGAGACGUGCAACGUGGACGUUAUCAACAGCGAUCUCUUCAGAUUGGACCUCACGAUGAACGGCCAGGACUGCAACACGCAGUCGGUGAUCGGAGUCUACAGCAACACCGUCGUGCUGCAGCAUCACAGCGUCGUAAUGACCAAGGCGGAUAAGAUCUACAAGGUGAAGUGCACGUACGACAUGAGCUCCAAGAACAUCACUUUCGGCAUGAUGCCUAUUAGAGAUCCAGAGAUGAUCAGCAUUACAUCUGCACCUGAGGCGCCUCCACCAAGGAUUCGUAUCCUUGACAGUCGCGCACGCGAAGUGGAAACCGUCCGUAUUGGAGAUAAACUUACAUUCAGGAUUGAAAUCCCCGAAGAUACUCCUUAUGGCAUUUUUGCACGUAGUUGCGUUGCAAUGGCGAAGGACUCAAAGUCUACCUUCCAGAUAAUCGAUGAUGAUGGCUGUCCAGUUGAUCCGACGAUAUUCCCCGCGUUCACACCCGACGGCAACGCUUUGCAAUCCGUCUACGAGGCGUUCCGCUUCACCGAAUCCUAUGGUGUCAUAUUCCAGUGCAAUGUUAAAUAUUGCCUAGGACCUUGUGAAGCUGCUGUUUGCGAAUGGGGCCGUGAAUCUCUCGAGUCCUGGGGCAGGAGAAAGAGGUCCGUCAACCAAACCGAAGAAGAAAAGGAAGAAGACAUGACUUUAAGUCAAGAAAUCUUGGUGCUUGACUUCGGUGAUGAGAAACAAUCGGAAUUCUUGAAGAGUGAUCUCAGUGCGGAUUUCAAUCGAGAUAAAACAGUGACGAUUAUCGAACCAUGCCCGACGAAAACUUCAGUACUAGCACUUGGAGUGACGUGUGCGUUGUUAGUACUCCUCUACAUCAGCACAGUCUUCUGUUAUUACAUGAAGAAAUGGCUCAAUCCUGGUAAACAUCUCGCUUAGGCAACCCAAUCAACACUACAACAGCUUAUACACUAUAAUUUAAGAAAAUGCAUUAAUUUAUCAAACAUUUUUGAUCUUUCUAUUGAGUUGCAACGUUACAACUGCAAACAACUCGAUGAGAGACAUCAAAAGUCAAUAUUAUCAACUCCAUAAUUAAUUUAUGUACGCGCAAACAAAUGUAACUUGUAAUAAUUAAGUAUAAGUUUCGGGUCGGUGGCUGGUGAUCUCUCAAGCGUUAAUUUUUUAAACGAAACAAAUCGGUGGUGGGACUGCGCUUUUCCUCUUCGAAUGUAUCAAUUUCUUACGCUUACAAGCCGUACUUGUAAUCGUAAGAAACAUUUUUUUUAUAUAGAAUUUAAUAUUUAUACGCAGACGGUAUUUAUAUUUAUUUGUGUGCAAGUUGAAAUUUAAUUUUUGUAUAUAUUUAGCUAUUUCGGCGCUCGACGAGACACAUUUCAACACAAUAAAAUUAAUAUUUUAAUUAAAAA